CGAAUGCACAACACAUAACAUUAAUAGCACGAAGUGGCGGUAUGAAUAAGAUCCAUUGCAGUAUGCCCGCGCAAAGCGAGUAGGCAUUGGCGCGCCCAGCUACAAUCAUGAGUCUGUUUCCAAUCAUCGGAGGAGCUGGUGGCGAUGGAACCGGGGGGAGGCAGCAGCCGUGGUCGGAGGCAUCCCGGGGACCGGGGGCCCAGGAUGGCCCUGCUGCGUGGCUCAGCAACAACUCCAGCUUCCAGCCAGCCUCUGCGGACGUGCUACAGCCUCAGGCCCCUUACGGCAACUAUGCCACCCAGGCCGAGUUUCUGCGCGCCGCGGAGCGCUACCUAGACAGCAGCAGCGACGAGGACGAGGCGGGGGCCGGCGAGCGGGAGGGGCGUGGCAAGGGGGCGGCAGGGGCGGAGAGGCACGGGCCCGAUGGCCCAGGUGGUGCUGCUGUGGCUGCUGCAGCCGCUGUGAAAGGCGUAGAGUACCGUGACCGGCGGCGAGGGGGGCGCGGCAGUGAUUCCGAAGACGGGGACAGGGGCGCGCGGCGGUCAAAGAAGCGGAAGCACAAACGCUCCUCACGCUCCCGCUCGCGGUCGCGCUCACGGGACCGCAAGUCGCGGCGCAAGCGGCGUCGGAGACGCGGCAGCAGCAGCGACAGCGGCCGAGGCAGUAGCGGCAGUAGCAGCAGUGACAGCGAAGACGAGCGCCGGCGCCGGCGUGAGAAGGAGCGCGCGCGGGAGCGGGACAAGAUUCUGCGGCUUGAACGCGCGGCGGCCGCCGCCGGCAUGGCGCCGCGCGACGCGGCGGCGCUAGCCGCCGGCGCCGCCGCCGCUGGCGGCGGCCGCAAGCCGCCGCUGCGCGGCGGCGGUGGCGGGCCGCAGCCCGGGGACACCUACUUUGACACUCGCGGCGAUCUGCAAAACCUUGUGUACGAAUGCCUGUACGGCACUGACGUGGCGUCGUACUAUCGCGUGGAUCCAAUGGGGCUGGCGCGCGGGUCUCGCGCCCGCCGGCGGAUGCCGGGCCAGGUGAUGGCGGCGGCGGCGGCACACGGGGGCCAGCCACGCUUCCGGUCAUCAAUGUACGACACAGAGGACGAAGAGCUCGCGGAAGACGAAAAGGCGCGCGCGGCGGCGCUGGCGGCGCGGUACUUUGGCGCGCGAGCAGCGGCGGUUGAGCGCAGCCGGAGGCUGCCGCGGCUGCAUCUGGCGGAGGCGCCCGUGCUGCCUGGCGCCGCCGACAGCCGGCGGCGUGGCGGCGCCGGCGCCGGCGCCGUUGGCUCUGCCGCCGCCGCUGCUGGCCGUGCAGCGCAGCCGCGCGGCUGGCUGCUGUCCAAGCUGGAGCUCGGCGCCGCCAGUGGCGGCGGCGGCGCAGCGGCUGGUGGCGGCGGCGGCGCCGAAGGCUACCUGCAGCAGAGCCGCAUGGCGGUGCCGCUGCCGGCGUUCCUGCCGCUCCGUGACGGUGCUGCCGAAGCUGCCGCCGCGGCGACGGCGCAGGAGGCUGGGCUUGGUCAGCGGUGGCUGCCGGCGGAAGUGGCGGCGUCGCUGGCAGCGGCGGCGGCGGGCGGGGAGUCUUCCGAGGAGUGGGUGUUGCGGCGAACCCGGGAGUACAACACAGCAGUGCGGGAGGCGCCGGGGGAUGUGGCGCUGUGGCUUCGCUUUGCGGCGUUUCAGGAUGUGACGGCGCGGCUAUUGACGCGUCGGGCGGGCGAGGUGGCGGGCGCGGCGGCGGAGAAGAAAGUGGCCAUCCUGCAGCGGGCCCUGGACGCCCACCCCGGCCACCCCGCGCUGCUGCGGGCGCUCAUGGGCUGCAGCGAGCCGCUGCUGGAGCCGGAGGCGCUGCUGGACCGGUGGGAGCGGCUGCUGCGGCGAGUGCCGGGCGAGCCGGCGCUGUGGCGUGACUACCUGGCGCGGCGCCGGGCGGCCUUUGCGUCGGCGCGACUGCCGGGGCUGCAGUCGGCCUACUGCAACGCCCUGCACUCGCUCGCCUCGGAGCGCGCCGCAGCAGCCCGCCAGGCCGCGGCCGCGGACGCCGCCGCCGAGGCCGGCGAGCGGGCGCGGCUGCGGCGGAGCUGCGCGCAGCUGGACGCCGCCGCCUCGGGGCUGCUGCUGGAGCUGACGUGUCUGGAGCUGGGUGCGGGCGCGGACGAGGCGGCGGUGGCGCGGCUGCAGGCGGCGAUUGAGUUCCACGUCUUCGCGCCGGCGAGCCUGGACCGGCCGGGUGGGACGACGGCGGGCGCGUUUGGCGCCGGCGGCGCCGGCGGGCGGCUGAGCGCCGGCGUGCUGUUGCGCCUCUUUGACAACUUCUGGCAGGGCGGUGCGCCGCGAGCGGGCGAGGAGGGCGCGGCAGGCUGGGUGCGUUGGUACCGGCGGGAGACGGAGGCGCUCUGGGUGGCGCGGCCGGGCGACUCGCUGCCAGCCGCCGUGCGGGAGAAGCAGGCCCUGGGCCCGGGCGCAGGGGGCGGCGAACACGACGAGGAGGGCGCUGGCGUGGCAGGAGGAGGGGCGGGUGGUGGAGGCGGCGGCGAUGGUGGCGGCAACAGCUGGAGUGGGUGGAUGGAGCUGCCGCCGCUGCCGCCGCACCUGCGGCCGCAGCCGGGACAGGAGUCGGCGGCGCCGGCCGGGGCAGGGGCAGGGGCAGGGGCUGCAAACGGAGGCGAGGCAGCUGCAAAUGAGGGCGAGCAGGAGGCGGAGGUAAAAGCGCAAGCGGAUGACGAUGACGAGGAGGAGGAAGAGGACGAGGAGGCUGCACAGGCGGAGGACGUGCAGCUGAGUGAGGAGGAGCUGCUGGCGCAGCUGGGCCUCAAGCUGGAUGCGCAGCUGGAGGAGAUGAGCAAGCAGGGAGUGCCGCCGGCCAUCCUCUCCCGCUGGCUGCGCACAGAGGCGGACCGGGCGGCGCGUGACUGGGCGCCGUUGCGGCCGCCGGACCACCACCGCUCCGGCAGGUCACCGGACCAGGAUGCUCGCGAUCCGGGAUCGGACCCCGAUCCGGAUCCGCACCGGGUGGUGCUGCUGGACGACAUCCGGGACGGCAUCUUCCCGCUGGAGGAUCCGGAGCUCAAGCGGGAUCUGGUCCUGGCCGGUCUGGCGCUUCUGGGCGCGCCCCUGGGCCCCAGUUCCAGCGCGCUUGGAUCCGGAUUUGGAUUCGGAUCCGAAUCCGGAUCGGGCGUCGCAGGGCCGCUGGGCGGAGCCAGCAGCGUGGGCUGCUGCUCGCUGUCGUACCUGCGGCUGCUGCCGCCAGACGCGGCGGUAGCGGCCUGCCGCCGCGUGAUGCCGCUGCCGCUGCUGCCAACAUCGCACGCCGAGUUCUCCCAACAGCACCAGUCCCUGCAGCAACAGCAGCUGCAACAGGCCUGGUACCUUGCGGAUGAGUCCAGGCGCGCCUUCGUGUCUCGCUUGCUCCGGCUGCUCAUUGACGAGGCGUCGGCCGCCGCCGCCGCCGCCGCUACAGCUCCUGUCGCCGCCGGCAGCAGCGGCGCCGCCGUUCUGGUGUCCGCACUGCCCCAGCUGUGCCUGGCUUACCUCCUGAUCGAAACCGCAGAGCCCGCCGCUACAGCCGCCGCCGGCGCCGGCGCCGCCGCCGCUACAGCCAGUGCUGCCACACCGCAUGGGCCGAUGGGGCCGAACCUGGAGCGUGCGCGGGCUGCUGCUCGCGGCUUCCUGUCCUCGCCUGGCCGGCGCAACAGCCUCGCAAUGCUGAUGGCGCUGGCGGCGCUGGAGGACGCCGCCGGCGGCGCCAAGGCAGCGCGCCGUAUUCGGGACGCCGCCCUGGCGGCCGCGGGGCCGCCGGUGUCGCCACCAGGCGCCGCCGCCGCCGCGGCGGCGCUGCCGGACUGCGAGCUUGCGAUGGUGCCGCUAGUGGUGCAUCAGUACGCAGAGGCGGAGCGCGCGGCGGCGUCAGCCGCCGCAGCCAGGGCGGUGCAGCUGGCGGCGGCGGAGCCGCAGGGCAAGGCGGCGGCGGCCGCCGCCGCCGCCGCGCUGGAGCACGCGCUGCGUGCGCAUCACGUGCUGCGCUGGUUCCUGUCAUCACGAGGUCCCAACAGCAGCAGUAGCAGCGGUCAUGCAGCCGUAACGGUAACCCCCGCGGCUGCAUCGUAUCUGCCGUAUGCUCCUUUCAAGUCCGGCGGAGCGGCGGUGACGCGGGAGGACCUGGCGGCGGCGCGGCGCGGCUUUGAGGCGCGCAUCCCCGGCCUGCUGGCAAAGGGUGGCGCCCUGGACCACGCGGCCGCCUCCACCCUCUACCUGGGCGGCCUGUUUGAAGCCCUCACCGGGCGGCUGUUCCCCGGCGCGGCCUCCUCUGGCCCUGGCGGCGGGCUGGCGGCGGCGCUGACCAUCUACAAGCACGCAACGGCGGCGGUGCCGCUGGCGGCGCGGCGCGGCAGCGGUAUACAUGAGGCGCUGGCUGUUGCGUUUGGUGGUCUGGUGGUCUCGGAGCUGGAGGCGGCGGCGGGCUGGUCUGGUGGCGGCGGCGGCGGCGGCGGUGCAGGCGGCGCAACGGCGGUGCAGCCGGGCCGGGCGCGGACGCUAUUGCUGCAGGCUCUGGAGCUAUACCCCACCAACCCCGAGCUGCCCGCGCUACUGCUGCGCCUUGCCGCGCUGGCCCGCAGCCGCUGCCGCCUGCGCACCGACCUGGCCACAGCCGCCGACUGCCUCCGCCGCGCCGCCGCUGGCACCCUGGACGCGCUGGCUGCUUCCACGGAGGCGGCGGCGCGAGUGGCGGCGGCGGGCGGUCCUGCAGGAAGUGGCGAUGCGGGUGCGGAUGCGGAGUUCCUGGCGGGGCCGGACGGCGGCGCCGCCGCUGCCGCGGCGGCGGUCAUAUGGUGGGCGCAGCUGGCUUCCGAGAGCUACAGCGCCACCUCUUCCAUGGCGGCGGCUGGCGGCGGCGACGCCGGCAGUAGCAUCGGCAGUAGCAUCGGCGCCGGCAGUCGCCUCGGUGCUACCGCCGCGGCGGCCGACGCGCGGCUGUUGCGCCUGCUGGAGCGGGCGGCGGCGGCGCGGCACCUGGCACACGUGGCCCCGGUGUGGGUUGCCUACCUAGGCCACGAGGCGGCGGCGGGGCGCGGCGCCGCCGCCAAGCGCGUGUUCCUGCGGGGUGUGCGCGAGGUGCCGCUGGCCAAGGCGCUGUGGCUGCAGGGACUGGCGCUGCUGGGCACAGCGGAGGGCGCCGCCGCUACAGCUGCUGCUGCAACUGCCGGCGCUGGCGGCGGCGGGGCUGCUGCCGCUGCUGCGGCUGGGUCUGCGGCGGCGGCGGCGACUGGCGGAAGCGGAAGCGCUGGAAAGCAGGAGCAGCAGGGUAUGGGACAGGGGCAGCAGCCGCUGCAGCUGCAGCCGCUGCAGCUGCAGCCGCUGCUGGGCAGUCGGGAGGUGGGUGAGCUUCUGGGGGUGGCGGGCGACAAGGGGCUGCGGCUGCGCACGGACGUGUACGAGGUGAUGCUGGAGCACCUGGCGGAGCAGUAGCAGCAGCAGCAGUAGCAGUACCAGCAUUAGGGGCAAAAGUGAUGGCAGCUGCAGUUACAGUAGCAAUCUGGUCAGGGAAGUACCGUAGUGGUAGCAAAUUGGUAAUAGGUGCAGGACUGGUAAGCACGGAGGGCAUUGGAGUAAGGUUUGCGUCAGUGAAAGGAGUCCGGGUAGGUGUGGUGGAAGAGUUAUCAGGAGAACGUACCGCAUUGAAGACUUGGGGGAGUGGUUGUUGCAAUUCUGGCUGCAGGCGGAGGCGGCAUAAACUCUUUGGGAUGCAGACGUGUGGGCCUGUUGGGGCAGAACCAAGAGUGCAAGAGGAAUGCAAAGACUGAGCUCAUUUCGAGAAUUCCAGGCUUACAUAACCAGGCAUGCCAGUACCUAGGUGUGAUAUUGAAAUGCGUAGAUGCGAAUGCGAAUGCGAUAACUUAUUGCAGCCUGUCGAAGGGCAGCGCAACGCAGCGCAUCACGACCAUCAUGGUUGUUACUCGACGCACCAUUACACUCUGACUCUGUUGUCCUCCGCUGGCAGAUAGCCAAAUUUAUGCGGAUGCCCUGCCCGUGGCAUGGUCCCGCUAAGUUCGGGUUAAAAACGACGGGUCGACGGCUGAACGAUGGAUGAGGGGGGGGGCUCCCAACGGCUGCGCGCGGGUAUUCGCGCACGUGCAAGGCACGAACACGCAGAGUCAGGACAGGGCUUGCCUCAUGUUGCUUCAGUUUAGAGAUUAGGGCACAUGGUCAGGAUGUAACAGGGGAGUGAAGCGGCCUUGACAUCAAAACCAGAGCUGACCAUCGCGCAUUCCGUGCUAUGCUUGAAUUUUGACGCGACAGCGGUCUGUACAUGCACAUA